AUUUGAAUUUGGAACGGUGAACGCGCGUUUUGGACCGCACGAGAUUGCGCGCGAAAAUCGGGAUUGUUUUUUUUCUUUUAGUGCGUUUAGUUGUGUGCUUUUGAAAAGAUUUCAAUUACAACGAUAGUCUUCGAGAUGGCGUUUUUCAAAGCUCUGAACCUGCUCCUCCUCGCGACCCUGGCCAGCUGCGAGCCCCCGGUCAGAUACAACUACCGCGGCCGAAGCACUUUCCAGAACUCCGGCUACAACACCCCUAGCAACACCUACCUGCCGCCGGUAGACACAGGGUUCAGCUCACCAAGCAACAACUACCUGCCGCCCAGCAGCUUUGGAGGGCAGUAUGAGGAUAACCAUGGACACGACCAUGGUCACGGUCACGACCAUGAAGUUCCCAAGUCCUAUGAGUUCGGGUAUUCAGUGAAGGACGCCCAAUCUGGCAACGACUACGAUCGGCGAGAGAGCUCAGAUGGCAAUGUAGUGAGAGGAGAAUACAGAGUGGCGCUGCCGGACGGACGCACGCAAAUUGUGACAUACCACGCUGACUGGCAGACUGGCUUCCACGCAGACGUUAGGUAUGAGGGCGAGGCGCGGUACCCUGAACCCACUAGGAACCAGAACCAAGGCUACAACUACCAGCAACCCUCCGACUUCAGCGGUUCUCUGACUGGGUUCGGAUCCCGCCCGUCCACCGCCUACGGACCUCCCGGCUACCACUGACCACCAAAUAUGUUUAGUUAGUUAUAAUGUAAGCAAACAUCUUAUACAACAGGAAAGGGAGGGCGAAGACCCCGCCUAUCACCGACCACCAAAUAUAUUUACCUAAACCCAGUCAAACCAUUUUCGCCAGAAGAAAAGAGCGGCAAAUUUAAAAAAUGUAGGCGCGAAGAGUUAUCGUCCUAUAGAAAAUUUGAACUGCGCGCCUUUUUCUACUGACAAACUUGUUUGACUAGCUAUUAUAGUUGUAAAUGUAAGCUAAAAUCCUGUACACGGUGAACAGGGCGAUAGCCCCUCGGGGCUUUGCGCAAUACGGAUCAAACGAAAGUCCUUAAAAGCUACCUAGCUAAUGGUCUACUUGGUAAUAUUAAUAGCAUUAGACCAAAAAAAGUCUGCAACGAUUUUGAUAGCAUACGCAGUGCAAGUGUUAUUUAUAUACGUCAUAAUUUCUUAAGUUUGACGUUUAAAAUAACACUUGCACUGCGUGUGCUGUGUGCUAUUAAAAUCGUUGCAGAUUUGUCAUGGUCUAACUCUAGUCUCUUCCCCACGAAUAAUAGCCAAGGAACAUUUAUUCUUGC